UAGCAAAAAAAAAAUUACAUCUCAGUUUGAUAUCAAUAACUAAACAUACCUAUGUAAAAACUUACAUAGUCUACUACCCAAAAUAUCAAUAAUUAUUGUAGCUCCCACUACCCAAAAGACAAUGUCCAUUGACUUCACAAGCUUCUUAGUCUUCUCUAUUUCUAUGCUCUAAAAUCUCCUUAUAUACAUAGUCCCCAUACUUAUCCUCAAAACUCACCACAAAAUCUCAUCAACUCAAUGGCUUCAAUUCUCUCAAUUCUUCUUCUCAUUCUUUCACUUUCAAAUCUCCACUUCACUUCAACCACCGGAAACAACCACAUUAACGACAGAAAAUCCUUAGAAAUCAUUAUCGGUGGUGGUAACGACAACAAUCCUCCACCGUCACCUUCACCGGAACCAGAACCAGAACCUGCAGAUUGCCCUCCUCCCCCUCCUCCUCCUCCAUGCCCUCCUCCACCUUCUCCCCCUCCAUGCCCUCCUCCACCCUCUCCUCCUCCAAGCCCUCCUCCUCCACAGCUUCCACCUCCUCCACAGCUUCCGCCGCCUGCACCGCCUAAACCCCAGCCAUCGCCGCCAACACCUGAUCUACCGUUUGCGAGCUCAUUAUUAAAGAAAGUCUAUCCAGUUCUCCAAAGAUUUAAGGAUCUAGUCGCAGAUGAUAAACUUAAGUCUUGGGAAGGCCCCGACAUUUGCAACAAAUACCUCGGACUCAAAUGCGCCAUUUUCCCGAAAACAAAGCAUCUCGCACUCGCGAGCGUCCAGUUUAAUGGGUUAAACUUGAGAGGCAAGAUAGGCAAGAUCCUCAAGUUAGAUAACUUCCUCGACAAGUUAGAAGAAGUCACCAUCUUCCACGCAAACUCCAACGGUUUCACAGGCUCUGUGCCUGAUUUCAGCAAUUUGAAAUUCUUAUACGAGCUCGAUCUAAGCAACAACAAACUCACAGGAGAUUUCCCAACUAGUGUCUUGAAAGGAAACAAUCUCACGUUUCUUGAUCUCAGGUUCAAUUCUUUCUCAGGCUCUGUUCCUCCUCAGGUCUUUAAUCUCGACCUCGACGUCUUGUUCAUCAACAACAACAAUCUUGUUCAGAAGCUUCCACUCAAUCUUGGAUCCAUCACUGCUCUUUACCUCACCUUCGCCAACAACAGGUUCACGGGUCCAAUUCCCGAAAGCAUAGGCAACAUCAAGUACCUACAAGAAGUCCUUUUCCUGAAUAACAAGUUAACCGGAUGCUUACCGUACCAAAUCGGAAACCUAACCCGAGCCACUGUUUUCGAUGUUGGGUUCAACCAAUUAACCGGUCCAAUACCGUACUCUUUCGGUUGCUUAGAAACGAUGGAACAACUCAAUUUAGCCGGAAACAAGUUCUAUGGAACCAUACCGGAGAUUGUAUGCGAGAUUGCUUGUCUCCAAAACGUUUCUCUCUCGAAUAAUUACUUCACUCAGGUUGGUCCGAAAUGUAGAAAACUCAUCAAGAGAAAAAUUAUGGACGUUAGUAUGAAUUGUAUACUUGAUCUUCCAAACCAGAAAACGCCAUCGGAGUGUGCUAAGUUCUUCAUGCGGAAACAGACUUGUCCUAAUUCCAAGUCUUUGUUUACUGUCCCUUGUGAUAAGAAUCCAAACCGGGGUAAACCGGAUCAAGAACGAUUGGAGGAGGAAAAAGCUCAAGUUUCUCAUCCGGUAACUUACAACACACUUAACCCGGACCGGCUUCGGAAUCUAUAACCUUGGCCGUUUUUUCUUAUCAAGUAACGAUAUAUAUAUAUAUAUAUAUAUAGCCAAAGCCAAGUUGUUUAUAAUUUGAGGUGUCUAAUGCAAUAUAAGUGAAUAAAUGUAUUGUAGUUGUGUACUUUCGGAUCAUCACUAUAUGUAUUUUCAUUGAUGUAUAAUCCAUCCUUCUGUUUUUUCUUUGUACAUCUUGCUUUGUGUGAAUCACUGUAAAAUUGUUCAUCCAAUGGUGGAUAUCAUCGAUCAGAUCAUCGAUCAGAAUGUAUCCACUCUUGCACGCACCAUUGACUAAUCCAAAGGUUUGGUAUGGCAUAAAA